AUGGGUAUCGUCGAUCGCAUCAAGGAGAUCGAGGAUGAGAUGAAACGGACGCAGAUCAAUAAGGCCACGGAGAGUCAUCUCGGACGUCUCAAGGCCAAGCUGGCGAAACUACGUACAGAGCUUCUUGAGGAAGGAAAGUCGAGCAGUGGCGGCGGCGAAGGCUUUGAUGUCGCCAAGAGUGGUGACGGACGUGUUGCUCUCAUUGGGUUUCCAAGCGUGGGAAAGUCAACGAUGCUGAGUCAAUUGACAGACACGCAGUCGGAGACAAACGCAGUCGAGUUCACUACAUUGACGUGUAUUCCUGGAAACUUGAUUUAUAACGACGUUCGCAUCCAGCUGCUCGAUCUGCCAGGAAUUAUCGAAGGAGCUGCGCACGGACGAGGACGUGGGCGAGAGGUGAUUGCCGUGGCCAAGUCUGCCGACAUGAUUCUGAUGGUGCUCGACGCCGGUCGGGAGGCGGGUAACCGUCAUCGAGAGAUUCUCGAACACGAACUGGAGACUGUCGGAUUGCGACUGAAUCGACAGCCACCUGACAUUUAUUUCCGGAAGAAAAAUGGUGGUGGUAUCACCUUUAACAGCACGCUGCGUCUGACGAAGCUCGGGGAUGAUCCGUAUCAGACGGUGUACAAGAUUUUGCACGAGUACAAAAUCCACAACUGCGAGGUCCUGUUCCGCGAGGACUGCACGACGGACGAUUUGAUUGAUGUGAUUGAAGGCAACCGGAAGUACGUGAAGUGCUUGUACGUGUACAACAAGAUUGAUGUUGUAUCUCUUGAAGAUGUCGCCCGACUCGCGCGCAUGCCAAACUCGACUGUAAUCGCUUGUGCCCACGAGGAUCGUCCUGCGCUUAACUUCGAUACGCUGCUCGCCAAGAUGUGGGACUACAUGGGGUUGACACGUGUGUACACCAAGCGCCGUGGGGAGGCUCCUCAAUUCGAGGAACCAGUUGUUCUGGGCUCGGAGCGAAAAGGUGUCAGCGUGCAAUCUGCGUGCAUGUCGAUUUCGAAAGACAUGCUGGACAACUUUAAUUAUGCGUUGGUGUGGGGCACGAGCACAAAGUACAAUCCGCAACGUGUUGGCAAAGAACAUCUGCUUUGCGACGAGGAUGUGCUACAAGUAAUUGUGAAGACAGCUAAUCAGCAAAAGCGCGACAAGAACUACAACCAGAAGGUGCAGGCGUACUUUGACAAGUACAAGAAGAAAAAGAAAGCGCUCAAAACGUAG